AUGUCUAUCGUGGCGCUUGCCGAAGGGCAACAGUCGAGCGUUACUCUCGAUGUACUCCACGAUGUCGCCGCAAGAAACAAUAUCAGAAUUUUGUCCCAGGCAGACGAAGAAGCCUACCUCCUUGUCCUGCAAUCUGCGGAUGUUACAGCCGCAACUGUCGAUAACCUUCCCGACUAUAUCGAUCCACGGCUAGAGCCGAUUGCUACGAUCGGAGGACGAGAAUAUUGGAGAUCCAAGAGUAAUAGCCAUAAUGCAUGGAGUCAUCAAGCACAUCUUGUGGCUGAAAAGCCACUGUCGGACGUCCUUAAGGGCCGCAAGAUCAUCAUGAAAGAUAACAUGUCGGUGGCGGGAUUGCCACACACCUGUGGGACAUUUCCUCAACUUGUAUCCCGGGAUGGAAAGUAUCCCCUAGCGACUAUUGAUGCGACCAUUACUAGACGCCUGCUGGAGGCUGGAGUCACAGUUGUGGGCACUUCGACUUGUGAAAAUUAUUCUCUGACUCCAAUGUCCUACACUUCGGCCAAUGGACCAGUCCACAACCCAUGGCUUCGUGGCCACAAUGCUGGUGGAAGUACAAGCGGAGGUGCGUGUCUGCUUGCACUGGGUAAUGCUCGAGCAGCUGGAGUGCCUAAUCUGGAUGAAGCUGGUGAAGAUGUUGGCCUAGCCAUGGGCGGGGACCAAGCGGGAAGUAUUCGACUUCCUUCGUCAUAUUGCGGCGUGUAUGGCCUGAAGCCGACAUAUGGACUCGUCCCAUAUACAGGAAUAGCUGGACUUCAUCCAAUGAUCGACUAUACGGGACCCAUGGCGAGAAAAUUGGAGGACAUUGCAACAUUGUUGAUGGUAGUCGCUGGCUAUGAUGGUCUCGAUCCAAGAAUGACUCCAGAGUCGCCGCUCCGGCAGAAUGUUGUAGAUUACGCGAGCGAGCUGUCUUCAGCAAAGGAACCUGGUAAUGGUCUGAAAGUCGGCAUCAUCAAGGAGUCUCUUGAGUCGUUAGGGACCCAGGUCGAAGUUGCCGAUGUUGUCAAAUCAGCCGCCGUGAAGCAUUUCGGAGCGAGCGGUGCAGCAGUUUCUGAAAUUUCACUUCCGAUGCAUCUUCUUGGACCAGCAAUCUGGACCGCAGCAACAAGAACUCAUCUUGCAGGGUUGGCCAUUGGCGGACGAAUUCCUGAUGUACUCAGCCACAACAUUCCCCACCUUUUUCUACGAUGGCCGCCAGAUCAAGAAAUGUACGAUCUGCUAACGGCGUCCAAUCCUGCGGUGAUCAACAUCAUUUUCUGCGAGACUUUCUUGAAAGACAAGUUUGGUCCGGAAGUUCAAGCCAAGGCUCAUCGACAUGUACUAGAAUUGAGGGCGGCAUAUGACAAGGCUUUGGAGGAGUUCGAUGUUCUCAUCACGCCAACAACGCCGACUGUUGCUCUUCCUCAUCCCGAUUUGCGACCUGAGGCCGAAGGUGGAAGCACCGUCAUGGACAAGGUCAAGCUGGCAGUUGGAGCCACAAACAAUACAGCCCCAUUCAAUGCGACCGGUCAUCCUGCUCUAAACGUGCCAUGCGGAUGGGCACCUUCACGAACCGGGAAGGGUAUGCUUCCUGUAGGAAUGCAAGUCAUAGGCAAGAGAUGGGAUGAUAUUGGAGUGUUGAAAGCAGCGAAAGCAUUCGAACUAGGAGGAGGAGGUCUAGGUCCAUGGCCAGGCCAGACAAAAUCAGAACCUUGA